CACCAGGUUCCCAAACCUGGUUUACAAGAAUGGACAUGUUAAGAACCACGGUUUUGAUUUUUGGAAUAGUUAUAAGAACCACUUAUUGUUGGAGUAUCAGUCUGUUCUAGCACUCCUGUGUAUUUUUUCUCCACUACAUCCUUGUCUCUCUCCUUCACCCCUCUCCUGCAUACCCCACUCCCUCCCGUUCUCUCUCCCUCUCCCUUCUUCUCUUUCUUCUUUGCUCGGCUGUUCCUGGACUGAUUUAUUUGUCCCGGCGCAGCAGAGCUGGUGGGAAAGCACCAGGCUAUAUUUGUCGGCCGCUGAGAUUGGACCUGCUUCAUGGUGGAUGACUUUGGAUCCUCUGUUUGGGUUUACCUGCUCACACCUGCGCCUCCUGCCUCCUCAGCAUCUGCUUCGCUCUGAAUAAGGAACUAGUGAGACCGUUUGUUUGGUAGUUUCAUAUCCCUGAAUUCUGUUCGGGAUAAAUGAACUUCACCUGUGAAGAAUUUCUCUCAGUCCCUUAGUAUUGGAGCUAAAACAUUCUCGAACCAAGCUUUGCAGCUCAGCCUCACUGCCAACAGAGGGCUUGAGUUUUCAGAGUGACUUCUCCUUGGGGGACAAGACCACCUUGGUCAAGAGUGUUUCAGAUACAGAUGCCAAACUUCUGUUUGUCCUUCCCAAGGUUUCAGAGUUGAAGAAAUACUUUGAGGGACCUGUCACAAAGGAUUUGGGAAUGAACAGGAAGGAAAGGAUAGCCCGGCGUCUGGAGGGCAUGGAAAGUGAUGCUCCACCUGCGCUGGUGCCCGGCGGUUUGGUAGCCAACAGAAUGUUGGAGAAGGAUUCUCCGCGGUACACCCGCGCCUCAGAUCCCUGUGAGCCUUGUAUGAUGGUGAGGCGCUACAGUCGAGAAGAGCUGGAGGUACCCCAGAAGCAGCUGUCCUCUCACGACAGAUCCCCUCAGGUCAAAGGUGGUGUUGGCAGCGGCCGCGGAGAGCCCAUGUUGGUGUAUGUUGACCCAGUAACGUUAUCCACCUCCUCUACACCCUCAUCUGGCCCCACUGACCCCACCAGCCUCAAUUCCAAGGCUGAACGCAUUGCCCGCUACAAAGCCGAGCGCCGCCGCCAGCUUUCAGAGCGGUAUGGCAUCCUCCUGGAUCAGGAGGCGGACAUCGAUUUCACACCACGCUACCGUUCCCGGCGUGACACAGACACCACUGACCGACAAACAGCUGCCAGGCGAGAAAGAGGCAGACCGGAAGCUGAGGAACAAGGACGGGAGCCCAAGGUGCCAUAUCGCUCUGGAGUGGGCAGGGUUUACAUGAGGACUCACCCAGACCCUGCCACUGUCUCCACCUCCAGCCCCGCUCACUCAAACCAAGCCUCACCCCAAACACAGGAAAGGCAGAGAAGAUUUUCAGAGCGGGAAAGAGCGAUGAACAUGGAGAACUACCGGCGCGGAGGGGCUCAAGAGCGCUCAAACACUUCUCGAACCAGAACCCAGGAGCAGCAUGCGCCCCAGCCCCAACAGCAGCACCCCCACCACCACCAGGACGCCGCCCACCAGGAGCCGAGCCCCGCCUCCACCAGGGAUUACAGCAUCGCAUCAGUGCCCAGCUCCCCUCGCACCGCCCGCCGGGCCUCCCUGCCCUCCAAUCGCUAUGGCAUCUCACCUGGGGAUUUAUUCAUAGAGCAGCAGGCCCAGAGCAUCCUCAACAGGCAGGGAAUCCGAGUAAGGGAGCGAUUGUCCCGGGAUGAAACUGUCCAGAGGCCCCCUGACUGGAGUCCAGACAGGCACCAGGUUAACAGACACCAUACUCAGGGGAACACUGCUCAGCAUACGCCACAACGCUCAGAACUCACCCAGCAAAGGACUGUUCCCCAUCCUCAGCCCAGCCCAGGCUACCAUCCUGCCCACGGUCAAACAGCCCACCCUCUCUUCGCCCCUGAGUACCAACACUCUGGUCCUGCUAUUGACUCUCAGCCCUAUUUGGCCAUCCCUGCCCCAGUGACCACUGCCAAACUUCCUGGACCUCCUGAGGUACUACCACGAAGGAGAGUGAAUGCCGAACAAAUCCAUGCCGCCCAUAGGGGGGCAAGAUUAGAGGCCAGGCAGGCCCUGAAGGAAGAGGCCCAUACAGAGGGUCUGCUGAAGAGCAGGAAAGCUGUGUUGCCCUCAGAGAUCCGCCGGAAAGAAAAGAUUGUGGAUGAUACUCAUAGGGGCAGGCAUGAAGACAUGGACUGGCAGAACUGCAGCCCAGAAAGGAGUAGAACGAGUCGAGAUGAGGAAGACUGGGAUAAGGAGAUACCGAGAGAGAGGGGGAGGGAGAGAAAUGUCGAGAGGAUCAGAGAGGGAGGGAGGGAGCAUCUCUCUAGUCAUGACAGCCAAGAGGAGGAGAGCGUGUUUAGAUCUCAGCCUUCCCACACCUCUGUACGCCCGCAGCCCAGGCAGCACCAACCUGCAGAGCCUGUGUACCGUCAAGAGCCCCAAAUUCAGCAGCAAGAGCCCCCAACGCAACAACAGUUUGAACCCAGAAAGAGACAACAUGGUGCUCAAAUUCAACAGCAAAAUAUUCAAAUGCAGCAUCAGUACGAACACUUGAGACAAUCGCAAGAGCCUCAAAGACAACAGCAGUCUCUAAGACAGCAGGAGUAUGAGCUCCAAAGACAAGAGCCUCCAAAUCAACAGCAAGACUCCCGCGGAAAUCAACAAGAGCCCCAAUUAGACAAAGACUUUGAGCCUCAGAGGCAGCAGCAGCAGCCAGAUCCAUCAUCAGCCAUCAAUCUCCAGAGGGGCUCCUCUUCGUCUCAGGUCAAACUCAGAAGCAUGGAGAUGAGCGGAGGGCCCAAACCCAAGACACGAACCCGCUCCAUGUCAGAUAUCGGUAUAAGCCAGCAUUCUACCAUGUAUCGUAUGGAGAGGGCCAUCCGAGAGGCAUCGAGGGCCGUCCCUCCAUCAGGGAUGGCUAACGGGGAGAUGGGCGGUCUGGACACCAGGGUGUCAGUAGCACAGCUGCGACACUCUUAUCUGGAGAAUGCCAACCGGAAACCUGAGUUUGAGGCGACUAAAGUAGAUCUGUCAGCAAUGGAGGUAGAUCCGGCUAGCGGCGGUGAUCGGGACAGGGGUCCCCGGAAGCCUCGGCGCUACAUAACUCCAGGGGACAGUCGCAUGUCGGAGAGGUUUAGGACCCAGCCCAUCACCUCUGCGGAGCGGCUGGAGUCAGAUAGGUCUCGUCUAAGUCCAUCACAGCUACACGAUCCUGAAGAUGGAGAAACACUGGAUGACAGAGCCAAGAUGAGUGUGGCUGCCAAGAGGUCUCUCUUCAGGGAGCUGGAAAGGACAUCAGAUGGAAGUAUUCCAAAACCGCGCUCUCGAAACGCUGCCAUAGAAAGGCGUCUGAGAAGAGUUCAGGAUCGGUCACACACACAACCUGUCACCAACAAAGAGGUGGUCAAUGCUUCAAGUGAUCCUGCCACUUCGUCACAACCUCUGAGCAUCCACACAAAUGUAGCUCGCGUCCCCAGCCCCACUGUAUUCAGCACCAGUGUGACCAGCAUCAGCCUCCAGGCCUCCUCCCAGCUGGGCUCCGCAGGCCAGGACCAGGAGAGGGAGACCCAGGAGCUCCAGAAACCAGCUCGAGCUCCCCGUGCUGGGGUGGAGGGAGCUGGCCUGCUGCCUUUCUUCGAUGAGCCGGACCUGUCCACUCUCACCUUGGCUGAGAAGAUGGACCUCUUCAACCGCCUCGCUCAGCAUACGGGCAAGACCAUCGAGGGGGCUCGAGGAGACACCCGCCAGCGCAGGGCCAACGCCCGGUUUCAGACUCAACCCAUCACCCAGGGAGAGGUGGAGCAGGAAGCUGAGCUGCCGGUAACCUCUGAGGUGUGUAACGGUGACUUAAAGGCCAAUCAGGGAGAACAUCUGAAAAACGGAGGUGAGAUCAAACUGGAGCCCCUGUCAGCCUCCCUGAUCCGCUCUGUGGCAGCCGUCACCUCCCAAGCCUCCGUCACCACAGUAACCAUCACACCAGGAAGCAGCGGCGUCGGCGAGGAUGACAGUCUCCGUCCAGGGAAGUCCACUGCCAUUCCCUACAUCCCUGCCCAACAACAGGCUGCCAGCAACACAAGCAGCCACCAGGAGAGGGCGUUGAGGUAUUUCUCCAUGACCCAGAGUGGGGACCCAGGCCACCCUGAGCCUGAGCUCAACUCCUCCCCUCUCCUCCCUGACAGCCGACAGAGAGUGGGGGCUCCUCCUCCUGCUCCCACAUCCUCCGCUGGUCACAGACAGCAUCGGGAGGCUGUGGAGGAGGGCUGGAGAGAGCGUCAAGAGGAGGAGAUUAGGGGGAGACAGCAGGGAGGAGCCAGAGAAGAGAUCCAAGACGACAGCAUUAAGGGAAAGCGGCAUUCCCCCGACAAGGACCGGGACAGCAGGCAGCAGCAGCAUCCCCAGACUCAGCACUCUGCCGAGUCCUCUUCGUGGAGGGGCGAGUCAGAGCCUCUGCCCAGCGGGAGAGCCGCAGACGAACACUCCCAGGAGAGUAGGGAGAGAGCAGAGGGAGGAGGAAGAGGAAGAGGAGGGUACCUGAGAGAGGCAGCUCACGGCUCCUCCACACAAGAGCAGGAGAGGAGCAGCGGCCAGAGCCAGCCAGGCAUCUCAGACUUGCCGGAUCAUCCAGCGCCACUGAGGCCACUGAUAGCUAAAGUGUCAUCCAGGACAGUGUCUCACGUUUCAAGCAGCCAGCAGCAACCCAACAUCCAGCCUCCGCAAACUCUUCCUAAAACCUUUGCACAGCAGCCUCCUCCAACACCCCCCAAACCUGCGGCCAACAUCCACCCCCAGCCCCCACCAACGUACCCCAAGCCUUUCAUUCAGUCCACGCAAACCCAGCCCAAACUUCAGGGAUUCGUCCAGCCUCUCCCUAAGCCUUACGCGCAGACAGCCCCCCAGCCUCAACCCAAACCUCAGGUGCCUCCGCAGACACCACCCAAACCCCAGUCCUUCCCCCAGGCGCUGGUCAAAUCCCAGUCCCUGCCUCUGGACCAAAGCGAGGACUUCAGCAGGCACAGUGACUAUUCUGAAGAUCUGCUGUCCCCCACAGAGUCUGAAGACCAACUGUCUGAAGGCAUGUCCGCCAAACAGAUGUCCAUCAAGGAGAGAGUGGCACUGCUGAAGAAGAGUGGUGAGGAGGACUGGAGGAACAGGAUCAACAAGAAACAGGAAGUGGUUAAAGUGGCGUCCACCGAGCAGCAGACUCAGCUAUGGGAGUCAGAGCAGACGUACGAGAAGAAGGAGGAAGGGGUGGUCGUCCAAGAGUACUCCGCUGUGUCUGUGUCUGAACAGCUGUGGGAACCUGUCUUCUCUUCCACCUUUUCUCCCACUAUCUCCCUUGGUCAAAAGUGUCAGUAUAUUGACCAUCAAAUUCAGAAGACUGGAGAGGAGAUUGAUGCCAAAAGGUCCAUUGAGGAGAGAAAACAGAUGAUUUCAAUCCGUGAGGAUGCCUGGAAGACUAAAGGCAAAGGAGCGGCCAACGACUCCACCCAGUACACCGUGGCCGCUCGCAUGGUCAAGAAAGGCCUGGCAGCCUCCUCCUCCGUUAUCAGUCCCAUCCUGUCACCGGUGUGCACCAAACUCAAGAGCAGCAUGCCGGCUGUCACCAAACCACAAGAGGAAAUUGAGGCCAGACCAGACAUGGAAUCGGAUAAGAAACUUGACAAGCUGGAGAGCUUCUUGGGACGUCUAAAUAGCAAAGUGGCAGAUCUGCAGGAAACCACCAUAACAGUUACCGAGAAGGCAGUGAAGGAAGUGAUGAAGCUGGAUGACGAAAUCUUCUCCAAGUUCUACAGACGUGUCGCUGAAUUUCCACGCAUGCCCACCAGGAUCGAGAUCAGCGAGGACUUUGACUCCAUCUUUGGUACUCAGGGUCCCAAGUUGACGUCGGCCAUGGUGCAGCAUAAACGGUCUGUGCGUCCGUCAAGGAACGUCCAGGCGUCCAGAAACCCUAUGAAGAUGCUGGCAGCCAGAGAGGACAUCAGACACGAGUACACCGAGCAGAGGUUAAAUGUGGCACAGCUGGAGAGCAAGAGGAUGAAGACUGAGAAGAGUGAGAAGAGUGAGUUUACUAAAUCCUCUGAGUACUCUGAGGCCGCUCUGGCGGGUCUGGCCAGUAAAGAAAACUUCAGCAACGUGAGUCUGCGCAGCGUCAACAUCUCGGAGCAGAUGUCCAACAACAGCGCCGUGCCGUACAAGAACCUCAUGCUGAUGCAGGUCAAAGGUCGUCGUCACAUUCAGACCAGAUUAGUGGAGCCGAGAGCGUCGUCACUGAACAGCGGCGACUGUUUCCUGUUGGUCACUCCGGAGCACUGCAUGGUCUGGAUAGGAGAGUUCUCGAAUGUCAUCGAGAAGGCGAAGGCAGCAGAUAUGGCAACCUUCAUCCAGACGAAGAAGGACAUGGGCAGCAGGGCGAACCAGGUGCAGACCAUCGAGGAAGGGGUCAACCCACAGGGUCCAGAUACCCAGCAGUUCUGGACGAUCCUCGGAGGACAGACUGCUUACCAGCCGGCCGGUCCACCAGAGGAGGAUGAGCAGUUUGAGAAUGCCAUAGUGGAAACCAACUGUAUCUUCAGACUGCUGGAUGACAGACUGGUUCCUGAUGAUGACGAGUGGGGGAAGGUCCCUCGCAGCUCUCUGCUGGCGUCCAAGGAGGUGUUGGUGUUUGACUUUGGCAGUGAGGUGUAUGUGUGGCACGGUAAAGAGGUGACUCUGUCCCAGAGGAAAGUGGCCUUCCAGCUCGCCAAACACCUUUGGAACGGGACGUUUGACUACACCUGCUGUGACAUCAACCCACUGGACCCCGGAGGCUGCAACAAACUCAUACCCAGGAAGGGCCAGGGCCGUCCUGAUUGGGCGAUAUUCGGCAGGCUGACGGAGCACAACGAGACGAUCUUGUUCAAGGAAAAGUUUGUAGACUGGACCGAAGCAAAGUCGCCAACACCAAAGGAAAGCUGCGAGCUCGUACCUGAGCAGAAGGAGGCCCAGGGGCGAGAGUGCAGGCCUUACGACGCCACCCUGAUGCUUCCCGUCCUCGAGGAGUCCAUUUCCACCAUCUUGGACGGGGCAAAUGUCGGACGCGGCCACGGCCCGGUGGAGACCGAGGACCACAUGAGGAUCCAGGAGAUCAACACGGCGUCGGUGGACGUCUGGCACAUCCUGGAGUUUGACUACAGCCGUCUGCCACGCCAGAGCAUCGGCCAGUUCCAUGAGGGAGACGCCUACGUGGUCAAGUGGAAGUACAUGGUCAACACCUCAGUUGGUCGUAGGCACAACCCUGAGGCGAGGAGUAGCGGGCCGGGAAAGGAGAAAUGCUGCUACUUCUUCUGGCAGGGUCGAAACUCCACCGUCAGCGAAAAAGGAACGUCAGCGCUGAUGACGGUGGAGCUGGACGAGGAAAGAGGGGCGCAGGUUCAGGUGCAGCAAGGAAAGGAGCCUCCAUGUUUCCUGCAAUGCUUCAACGGAGGGAUGAUCAUUCACUCUGGGAAGAGGGAGGAGGAGGAGGAGAACACUCAGAGUGAGUGGCGUCGGUACUGUGUGCGGGGCGAGGUGCCGGUGGAGGGCCACCUGCUGGAGGUGGCGUGUCACUGCAGCAGUCUGCGCUCCAGAGCCUCCAUGAUCCUGCUGAACAUCAACAAGGCCAUCAUCUACCUGUGGCACGGCUGCAAGACGCAGCUACACACUCGCAGUGUGGGGAAAACGGCCGCACUCAAGAUCAAAGAACAGUGUCCUCUGGAGGCGGGUCUCCACAGCAGCAGUAAGGUGACCAUCCAUGAGUGUGACGAGGGAGUGGAGCCUCCGGGCUUCUGGGAGGCUCUGGGGAGGAAAGACAGGAAGGCCUACGACUGUAUGCUCCAAGAUCCAGGUAAAUUUAACUUCACCCCACGGCUCUUCCAGCUGGGCAGCACAUCUGGAGACUUUGUGGCGAACGAGUUCUUCCACCAGUCCAGAGCUCCAGACCUGGUCAGCUCACUGCCCUUCCUGCAGGAAGACCUGUACAACGCGCCGCAACAACCUGCGCUGUUCCUGGUGGAUAACUUCCACGAGGUUUACCUGUGGCAGGGCUGGUGGCCUCAGGACAGCGAGAGCACCGGCUCGGCUCGGUUCCGCUGGGACGCAGACAGAAAGUGUGCAAUGGAGACCGUGCUGCAGUACUGCAAAGAGAAGCACGAGAAGAAGCCUCAGAAGUCGUAUCUGAUCCACGCCGGGCUGGAGCCGCUCACCUUCACCAACAUGUUCCCCAGCUGGGAGCACAGAGAGGACGUGGCUGAGAUCACAGAGAGGGAGGCGGAGGUGUGCAACCAGAUCAUCCUGGUGGAGGACGUGUUGGCCCGGCUGUGUCAGAACACCUUCCCUCUGGCUCAGCUGCAGGCCCGGCCGCUCCCAGAGGGAGUGGACCCGCUCCGCCUGGAGAUCUACCUGUCCGACCAGGACUUUGAGAAAGCGUUGGAGAUGAACAGAGAGGAAUAUGAAGGUUUACCAGGGUGGAAGCAAGUGAACUUAAAGAAGGCCAGAGGACUGUUUUAAAGAUGGAGACGCAGGAAACGUCACAGACACCUGUUUUGGUUGGCAACACGUGAGGACAUGUGGGUAGAAAGUAUGGGAAUCUGAAGAAGGAUGAGACUGGAGAUGCACUCGCCUUGCUUAUAGUCAUGUGUUCAUUACGUAACUAAAUGAAAUUCAAACGUACAAAAUAAACCGUGCUUUGGUUCAUACGUGGUGUUCGUCACCACUCGUGGACUGUGAAGAUGUGCACACUAGGACGCUUGGUGUGAGAGUGCCAUGCUAUGGUUGUGUAUGUACGUGCGUGUGCGAUUGUAUAUAAUGUUUGUGUGUAAUGUUUGUGUAAAUGUGUGUGUAUCUAUGUAAAAAAAACAAAUCCCGUCACGUCAGAUGUUGUGAGGAAAGUCAGGGUUUUUUUGUCUACAGUGUCUGGAUGCCGUCGGGCCACGUAGGGAACUCGUGUUGCUCCAUUGUGUUGAACUGCUGAAGUGACCGAGAUGGAAGAGUUGUAAUAAAAAAAAAAAAAAGGUUUGACUUGUACGAGGAAGAGAAACAGCAGCUCUGAAUGUAUAGUGCCUUGCUUUUUGUGUACAGUUUAUAUACAGAAAUUCUAGUCUGCAUUUUUAAAGACUUUCUUUGUGAUAUAAGACAGUGAAAUAAAUCACAAUAAUGCUCAA